AUGCCCACCGGAGGAGGCAGAGGCGAGGACGAUCGCCGGAAAGACGAUAAAGCCGGAGGCGCGGAGGCGCACGCGCGCUUCAGACAGUAUGAAUACAAAGCGAACGCGAGCCUCGUGCUCACGGCGGACAAGAAGGAUCGGAUCACGGGCGAACCUUCCGGCGAGCCCGAGACGCUAUGGGGUAAGAUCCAGCCCGGCGCUUUCGGCGACCGCGUGCACCGGAGCAAACCCGCGGAGCUCGAGGAUCGCAUGAAAAAAGCGAAAGAGCGCGCGCGGGAUAAGCGCAAGGGGGGAAUGGAUCAGGACGAUCUCGACGCGUACGCCGCGAAGCGCAAGAAGGCCGCGGUCGGCGCGUCCGUCCUCACCGCGGACGCGGACGGAUCGUACCGACCGAAGACGCGCGAGACGAGGUCCGCGUACGAGGCGCUCCUGGGCAUGAUCCAAGGCUCGUUCGGAGAUCAGCCGCAGGACGUCCUGAGAGGCGCCGCGGAGGAGGUCCUCGAGGUCUUGAAAGAGGAGCGAAGCACGGACCCGGAGAGGAAGACCAAAGUCGAGGCGCUCAUGGGUCCGACGGACUCGGAGACGUUCGCGAAGUACGUCGCGCUCGGGAAGCUGGUGACGGAUUUCGCCCCGGGCGGCGGCGGCGGCGACGGCGGCGGCGACGGCGGCGCCCCCGGAGACGCGCUCGACGACGACAUCGGCGUCGCCGUCGAGUUCGAGGAAGAAGAAGACGAGGACGCGGCCAACGAGCUCGACGAAGUCCUCGAAGCGAGCGACGUCGACGACGAGGACGAGGACGGCGAAGGCGGCGGCGUCGAGGCCGCGAGAGGCGCCGGCGUCAGAGGCGUCGACGUCGAUCUCGGCCCGGACGACGUCGAUCACGACCUCGUGAAAGCGUCCGAGAUCGACGCGUACUGGCUGCAGCGCGAGAUCGCGCACGCGUUUGGAUACACGGACGCGGAGGCGAGCGAGUCGAGAAAGCUCGCGGACGACGUCCUGUCCACGCUCGCGGAUGAGAAGGAUGACGAACGCGCGUGCGAGAACCGCCUCGUGCUCAUGCUCGACUACGACAAGUUUGACCUCAUCAAGAAACUGUUAAAGUCACGAGCGAGGGUGGUGUGGUGCACGCGACUCGCGCGCGCGCAGGACGAGGACGAGAAGAACGCGAUCGUGGAGCAGAUGUCCGCGCGUCCGGAGGCGGCGGCGAUUCUCGACGCGAUGAGGCUCACGGGGGAGCGCGCGAGCGCGCGAGCGCGCGAGUCGAAGAUGGAGAGCAAGAUUCGCGAGGAAGCGAGACGUCUCCGAGGCGAGGUCGCCGCGGACGUCGCGGACGCCGGGCACGGCGCCGCCGCCGCGGGCCGGAAGAUGCUCGAGCUCGACGCCCUCGCGUUCGCCGCGGGGAGCCGUCUGAUGGCGAACAAACGGUGCGAGCUCCCGGCCGGGUCGUACCGCAGCGCGAAGAAAGGGUACGAGGAGGUGCACAUUCCCGCGCUCAAGCCGAAAGCGUUCGCGGACAACGAGGCGCUGCGGACGAUCGAAGAGAUUCCGUCCUGGGCGCACCCGGCGUUUAAAGGCAUGAAGUCCUUGAACCGCGUGCAGAGCCAGGUGUACGAGACCGCGAUGCUCUCGCCGGAGAACCUUCUCCUCUGCGCGCCCACGGGCGCGGGGAAGACGAACGUCGCGAUGCUGACGAUACUCCACGAGCUCGCCCUGCACCGCAGGCAGGACGGGAGCCUCGAUUUGAGCGCGUUUAAGAUCGUGUACGUCGCGCCGAUGAAGGCGCUCGUCGCGGAGAUGGUCGGUAACCUGGGCGCGAGGCUCAAACCCUACGGCGUCAACGUCCGAGAGCUCACCGGGGACGUGUCCCUGAGCCGCGCGCAGAUCGACGACACGCAGGUCAUCGUCACGACCCCGGAGAAGUGGGACAUCAUCACACGCAAAUCGGGGGAUCGGACGUACACGCAACUCGUUCGUCUGCUCAUCAUCGACGAGAUCCACUUGCUUCACGAUAACCGCGGACCGGUGCUCGAGUCCAUCGUCGCGAGGACGGUUCGACAGGUGGAGACGACGCAAGAGCUCGUCCGAUUAGUGGGUCUCUCCGCGACGCUGCCGAACUUUGAAGACGUCGCGUCGUUCUUACGCGUGAACCCCGCGAAAGGUUUGUUCGUGUUCGACAACAGCUUCCGCCCGUGCCCGCUGCAGCAGCAGUUCAUCGGCGUCACGGUGAAGAAGCCGCUUCAGAGGUUCCAGCUCAUGAACGACAUCUGCUACGAGAAGGUGAUGGAAAACGCGGGGAAGUCGCAGACGAUCAUAUUCGUCCACAGCCGGAAGGAGACGGCGAAGACGGCGAAAGCGCUGCGAGACACUGCGCUGCAGAACGAGGCGCUGUCGAAGUUCAUCAAAGACGACAGCGCGAGCCGGGAGAUUCUCAUCUCAGAAGCCGAGCAGUGCCGCUCCGCGGAUCUGCGCGACAUCUUGCCGUACGGCUUCGCGAUUCACCACGCCGGGAUGAGCCGAGCGGACCGAACGUUAGUCGAGGAGCUCUUCGCGGACGGCCACGUGCAAGUGUUAGUGAGCACCGCGACGCUCGCGUGGGGGGUGAACCUCCCCGCGCACACGGUCAUCAUCAAAGGCACGCAGAUGUACAACCCCGAGAAGGGCGGGUGGGACGAGCUCUCGUUCCAGGACGUCAUGCAGAUGAUGGGACGAGCCGGCCGGCCGCAGUUCGACACGUUCGGCGAGGGGAUCAUCAUCACGCAACACAGCGAGCUGCAGUACUACCUGUCGCUGCUGAACCAGCAGCUCCCGAUCGAGUCGCAGUUCGUGAACAACCUCGCGGACGCGCUCAACGCGGAGGUUGUCCUCGGCACGGUGCAAGGUACGAAGGAGGCGGUGUCGUGGCUCGGGUACACGUACUUGUACGUUCGCAUGUUACGCAACCCGAACCUCUACGGCGUCGGCAUCGACGCCCUGGACGACGAUCCGGCUCUGGAGCAACGGCGCGCGGACCUCGUGCACACCGCGGCGACGACGCUCGACAAAGCUGGGCUGUGCCGGUACGAUCGUAGGAGCGGGACGCUUCAAGCGACGGAUCUCGGGAAAAUCGCGUCGCACUACUACAUCAGCCACGGCACCGUGUCCGCGUUUAACGAACACCUCAAGCCGACGAUGGGAGAUAUCGAGCUCAUUCGCUUGUUCUCUCUCGCGGAGGAGUUCAAGUACAUCUCCGUGAGAGAGGAAGAGAAACUCGAGCUCGCGAAGCUCGCGGAGCGCGUGCCGAUCCCGGUCAAAGAGAGCAUCGAAGAGCCAACGGCGAAGAUCAACAUCCUGCUCCAGGCGUACAUCAGCGGCAUGAAGCUCGAAGGUUUCGCGCUCAUGGCGGACAUGGUGUACGUGACGCAGUCCGCGGGAAGAAUUCUCCGCUGCAUAUUCGAAAUCGUCCUCAAGCGCGGGUGGGCGCUGCUCGCGGAUAAAGCGUUAGCGCUGUGCAAGAUGGGCGCGCGGAGGACGUGGGGGAGCCAGACGCCGCUGCGGCAGUUCAAAGGGAUCCCGCAGGACAUCCUCGUGAAAGUCGAGCGGAAAGACCUCGCGUGGGAGCGGUACUACGACCUCACAUCGCAGGAGAUUGGCGAGCUGAUUCGCUUUCCGAAGAUGGGCAAGGCGAUCCACAAGUUCGUGCAUCAGUUCCCUCGCGUCGAGCUCAGCGCGCACGUCCAGCCGAUCACGAGGUCGGUGCUCAAAGUCGACCUGACGCUCACGCCGGAUUUCCAGUGGGACGAGAAGAUACACGGGUUCGCGCAGGGGUUCUGGUUGUUGGUCGAGGACAACGACGGCGAGGUGAUCUUGCAUCACGAGUUUUUCUUGCUCAAGAUGGUCAACGCGGAGGAGGACCACGCGGUGUCGUUCACCGUGACCCUUCUCGACCCGCUCCCGCCGCAGUACUUCGUCCGUUUAGUCUCCGACAGCUGGCUCGGCUCGGAGACGACGAUUCCGGUGAGCUUCAAGCACUUGCUCUUGCCCGAGAAGCACCCGCCGCCGACGGAGCUGCUCGACCUCCAGCCGCUGCCCGUGAGCGCGCUCAAGCAAGACGGAUUCGACGCGCUGUACGCCCCGCGCCUGCAGCACUUCAACCCGGUGCAAACGCAGACGUUUCAGUGCCUGUACAACACGGACGACAACGCGCUCGUCGGCGCGCCCACGGGGAGCGGGAAGACGAUCUGCGCCGAAUUCGCGAUCCUGCGCGUUUUGAACAAGCUGAACAAAGGCGAGGCCGAGGGCGCGAGGUGCGUGUACAUGGCGCCCACGCCGGAGAUCGCGAAGGAGCGCCUGAACGACUGGCAAUCGCGCAUGGGCGACGCGCUCGGCGUCCGCGUCGUCGCGUUGACGGGCGAGACCGCCGCGGAUCUCAAGCUUCUGGAGAGAGGACAAGUCGUCAUCGCGACGCCGCACCAGUGGGACGUCAUCAGCCGACGAUGGAAGCAGCGGAAGAACGUGCAAAACGUCGCGCUGUUCAUCGCGGACGAGCUGCACCUCAUCGGCGGCGCCGUCGGACCGACGAUGGAGGUGGUCACGAGCAGGAUGCGUUACAUCAGCUCGCAGCUCGACAAGCCGAUUCGCGUCGUCGGCUUGUGCACGUCGCUCGCGAACGCGAAGGACCUCGGCGAGUGGCUCGGCGCGGGUUCGCACGGGAUGUUCAACUUUCCACCGGGAGUGAGGCCUGUGCCGCUCGACAUACACGUCCAGGGCGUGGACAUCGUGAACUUCGAGUCCAGGAUGCAAGCGAUGGCGAGGCCGGUGUACUCCGCCAUCUGCCAGCACGCGUCCGGCGACUCCGAACCCGCCAUCGUGUUCGUCCCGACGCGAAAGCACGCGAAGCUCGCCGCGCUCGACCUUCUGACGUUCGCGUCCGCGGACGGAAAGCCGAAUAAAUUCCUCGCGUGCGAUGCGGACGACAUCGCGCCGCACCUGGAGCGAAUCACGGACCCCGCGGUGCGGCACGCGCUCGGCUUUGGCGUCGCGCUCCUGCACGAGUCCUUGCCCGCGGAGGAGCGCGACGUCGUCGAACGCGUCUUCAACUCUGGCGCGGCGAGCGUGUUGGUCGUGACCGCGCCGCUCGCGUGGGGUCUCGCCGCGACGUGUAAGCUGACGAUCAUCAUGGGGACGCAGUAUUACGACGCCGGCGGCGCCGGGAGCGCGGAUUACCCCGUGACGGAUCUUCUGCAGAUGGCUGGCCGCGCGUCGCGGCCGCUCGUGGACACGCACGGCGUGUGCGUGCUGCUGUGCCACGCCCCGAGGAAGGAGUACUACAAAAAGUUUCUGUACGAGCCGUUCCCGGUGGAGUCGCACCUCGAUCACUUCUUACACGACCACAUGGCCGCGGAGAUCGUGACGAGGACGAUCGAGACGAAGCAAGACGCGGUCGACUACCUCACGUGGUCGUUCUACUACCGCCGCCUGACGCAAAACCCGAACUAUUACAACCUCACCGGCGUGACGCACCGACACUUGUCCGACGCGCUCUCCGAGCUCGUGGAAACGACGCUCGCGGAUCUCGAAGCGUCCAAGUGCAUCACGAUCGAGGACGACAUGGACGUGACGCCUCUCAACCUCGGUAUGAUUGGGUCGUACUAUUACAUCUCGUACACCACGAUCGAGCUCUUCGCGGCGUCGUUGACGGCGAAGACCAAGUUGAAAGGGCUGCUCGAGAUCGUCGCCGGCGCGACGGAGUUUGAAAAGUACGCGGUCAGGCCCGGGGAGGCGAACGCGCUGAGGCACGUGCUGCACCACUCCCCGGUGACGCUCGAGAAUCGUCGGACGACGGAUCCGCACGUGAAGGUCGCGGCGCUGAUGCAAGCGCACUUUGGUCGGAUGCGUCUGAGCGGCGAUCUGCAAAACGACCUCGCGUCGAUUCUCCCCGACGCGACGCGGUUGCUCCAGGCGAUCGUGGACGUGAUAUCCUCGUCUGGAUGGCUCGCCCCCGCGCUCGCGGCGAUGGAGCUGUCGCAGAUGCUCACGCAAGGGCAGUGGGAGAAGGAGAGCGCGCUCAUGCAGCUGCCGCACGUCGAUAAAGAGACAGCGGCUCGGUGCGCCGACGCGGGCGUGGAGAGCGUCUACGAUUUAGUCGACAUGGACGACGACAAACGCGUCGAGCUGCUGGCUUUGUCCGACGCGCAGAUGGAGGACGUCGCGUCCGCGUGCAACCGGUAUCCGAACAUCGAGGUGAACUACGAGAUCGUUAACCCUGACGAAGUCGAAGCCGGGGACGCGGUGGAGAUGAUCGUCCAGCUCGAGCGCGAGGCGGACGACGGCGAAAUUGGGCCGGUGAUCGCGCCGCGGUUUCCGAAAAAGAAGGACGAGGCGUGGUGGCUCGUCGUCGGCGACGCGAAGAAGGGGACGCUCGCGGCGAUCAAGCGCGUCGCGUUAGGGCGGAAGCAGAAGGUGAAGCUCGAGUUUCAAGCACCCGCGGACGCCGGGGAGGUGGAGUACACGCUGUUCUUCAUGUGCGACUCGUACCUCGGGUGCGACCAAGAGUACGAGUUCACGCUCAACGUGAAAGAAGCCGAGGAGGGGAGCAGCGAGGAGGAGGACGACGACGCGAUGGACGCGGACUGAGGAAACGUCGCGUGGGGGGGGGCGAGGGACUAGCGUUCGAAAGGGACACACAGUAGACGUUUGAAUGAAUAAUACAGCACAUGG